AUGGAGGAGCGGCGGGAGCUUCGAAGGAUGCCCCGUGGGGAGAGGUGCCCCGAAUGUGGUAGCCGCAAAUGGUACCUGCAGGACGGCCUGCGAUUCUGCUCCAGGGGCCAUCAGAUCGAGGGUUUUAUUCAAUUUGAUGUUGGUGAGGAGGAAGAUUCGGGUCGUCUCGGGGCCGUGUCUCGGAGGGGAAAGGAAACGAGAGAGAGCGAGAGGCGCCAACUCACCGGUCAGGACGGGAAGCUGCUCUAUCUCGAGGCCGUACAGUUGCUGCUCAGAAAUCAGGUCUUGUGGCUCGUCAGAGAGCAGAGACUCGGCGAGGAGCUAGAGACUGUCGUCCGGGAUCUUUGGGAUCUGCGCAUUCGCGGCUUUCCGGACAAAGAUGCGGCCACCCAAGAGGUGUUGGGAAUGUUCAGCUCCCAGUCCUCGCCCGCACAAGACCAGACCGCUUGGAAGUCAAGAUCGAGGGCCCAGUCUUGGGAUCCGGAGCGCGGCGCAGACUGGCCCAUGCCGAGGCUCCCCGAAACUCUUACGCUCUGCUACCUGGCCUCCAUACUUCUCCGGGUUCCUAUGCGGCAGGGACAAAUCUUGGACUGGGCCAACAGCGGCAACAUGCCAUACAAAAAGGCCUUCGACGACUUGCCGCGCGAAAUGCGGGACCGAAUGCCCUCUGCCUACGUCAAAGCCCUCAAGUCGCCGCUUCACUCCAGCUUGGGUGGAGGAGAACUGAGCAAGGUGGUCAUGGGUCUGGUUCUUUCCUACCACCUGAAUUACAAGAUGGGGUUCCCGGAGAUCUCCUACAUGGCGAUGCUUGUUCAUUAUGCAAGGCUGCUUUCUCUGCCCGUCGAGUCAGUUGUCGUGACCAAGAUUCUGGCUGCCACCCUGAAAUCCCACUUCCGGUUCCCUGUCGACAAGACCAAAAUACUGCCGCUUGGCCAUCCGGAAAUACGUCUUGUCGCCCUCCUUGUUGUUGCGACAAAACUCUGCUUUCCCUUCGGAAACAGAAAGUCCCGGCUGCACGGCCCUGGCGGCGUUGAAUUGCCCCGGCUUGACUGGGAUACCUGGAAGCAAGGCUUCUUGCCUCCCCUCGGGGAGCCACCGAGAGGCAAUGCCAACUUCGCGGAGACAACGCCUUCGCAGGUGGCUCUCAUGAGCGAUGAGGAAUUUGAAGCCUAUUCCACCCACGUCCUCAGUCUUACUGGCGGCAAAACGAGCGAGAGUCCCAUCGCGCGGUUCUUUCCAAUCCCAAAUACCCCCGAGCCCGCGCCGCUUGUUCUGGAGACGUCACAAGAGGAGGCAUACGAGAGAGCCCGUCGACUUCUUAGCCAGACUUUACAGUCGCCAUUGCAACCUGGACCAGAUGAGACUGACUCAUCAUCGGAUAAUGUGAACAGCAUGUACGAGGCUUUCCGCACCACGGGGGAUCUGUCCGAAACAGCGAGGGCGUUUUACAAAGCAGCGGGCGAGGCAGCCGGCAUUCCUCUGGAAAUAGUUGUCCGGGCUGUUUACAUGCAGGAACAAGCAAUAGUCUCAUGGCAGAAGGUGCAGAUUUUCGUGAAGACCCUGACGGGCAAGACCAUCACCCUCGAGGUCGAGUCCUCGGAUACUAUCGACAAUGUCAAGUCCAAGAUCCAGGACAAGGAGGGCAUUCCCCCGGAUCAACAGCGUCUGAUCUUUGCUGGCAAGCAGCUCGAGGAUGGCCGGACCCUGUCCGACUACAACAUCCAGAAGGAGUCUACUCUGCACCUGGUCCUACGUCUGCGCGGUGGUAUCAUCGAGCCCUCGCUGAAAGCCCUGGCCUCCAAGUUCAACUGCGACAAGAUGAUUUGCCGCAAGUGCUACGCCCGCCUCCCUCCCCGUGCCACCAACUGCCGCAAGCGAAAGUGCGGACACACCAACCAGCUGCGACCCAAGAAGAAGCUCAAGUAG